UGGCAGAACGUGAGCAUGGCCACCUACUUCAGUGACUACGCCAACCUGUGCUUUGAGGCCUUUGGGGACCGGGUGAAGCACUGGGUCACUUUCAGUGAUCCUCGGACAGUGGCAGAGAAAGGCUACGAGACGGGCCACCACGCGCCAGGCCUGAAGCUCCGUGGCACUGGCCUCUACAAGGCGGCACACCACAUCAUUAAGGCCCACGCCCAAGCCUGGCACGCCUACAACAGCACAUGGCGCAGCAGGCAGCAAGGUCUGGUGGGGAUUUCAUUAAACUGCGACUGGGGCGAACCUGUGGACAUGAGCAACCCCAAGGACAUAGAGGCUGCCGAGCGGUACCUACAGUUCUGCCUGGGCUGGUUUGCCAACCCCAUUUAUGCCGGUGACUACCCCCAAGUCAUGAAGGACCGUAUCGGAAGAAAGAGUGCGGAGCAAGGCCUGGAAACGCCGAGGUUACCGGUGUUCUCCCUCCAGGAAAAGAGCUACAUUAAAGGCACAUCUGACUUCCUGGGACUAGGUCAUUUCACGACUCGGUACAUCACAGAAAGGAACUACCCCUCCCGUCAGGGGCCCAGCUACCAGACCGAUCGCGACUUAGUGGAGCUGGUUGACCCAAACUGGCCCGAUCUGGGCUCUAAGUGGCUAUUUUCAGUGCCGUGGGGAUUUAGGAGGCUCCUCAACUUUGCUCAGACUCAGUACGGCAAUCCUCCCAUCUACGUGACAGAAAACGGAGCGUCUCAGAAAUUACACUGCACCCAGUUAUGUGAUGAGUGGAGAAUUCAGUACCUCAAAGGAUACAUAAAUGAAAUGCUAAAAGCUAUCAAAGACGGUGCUAACAUAAAAGGGUAUACUUCCUGGUCUCUGUUGGACAAGUUUGAAUGGGAGAGAGGAUACUCGGACAGAUACGGAUUCUACUAUGUGGAUUUCAACAAAAGAAAUAAGCCACGCUAUCCAAAGGCUUCGGUUGAAUAUUACAAGAAGUUGAUCGCUGCCAAUGGCUUUCCCAAUCCGAGAGAGGUGGAAAGUUGGUACCUCAAAGCCUUGGAAAUCUGCUCUAUCAACAACCAGAUGCUGGCGGCAGAGCCCCUGCUGAGUUACAUGCAGAUCGUGACGGAGAUCGUGGUCCCCACGGUCUGCACCCUCUGCAUUCUGAUCGCUGCGGUUCUCCUGAUGCUCCUGCUGCGGAGCCUGAGCUGA